AUGACAAGCCCAAGUCCAAGCCCAAGCGCAGAGCCAGAAUCCAAACGGAGAGAGGUACUAGUGAAAUUAAUUGAAUCGAAGGGUGAUGAUGAGCAUGAUGGAAUACGGCUGCAACAACGAACCACCACUGCUUGUGUGAUUGAUCAUGAAACAGUCGAGGACGAGAACUGUGCCUCUUCGGCUGGUAUUGAGACGACGGGAGCCGAGGAGGAUUCCAUGCAAGCAGCAGCGAUUCGGCCCACGAAUCACAGAUCGGGUCCACAUCGAUAUUUUGUGGGUUAUAUCUUGAUCCUUAUACUAGUUGUUGAAUUUUGA